AUGGAAGUCCCCAUCACCUUCUAUCCUCGGGCAGCCAUCUUAUACAAGGAGACGGUUGUGUUUCAGAUGAAUGGUCACUCCAGACAAGACCUUCGGCUCCAGGGCCACGGGAUUGAAAUGAAGGUUGAAAUUGCAGAUCCCAAACAUAAAGUGACCAACUUUGGUGCAGUCAGCAUUGGUCAGACUGUGAAGAAGAAUGUCAAUGUAGUGAAUAGGAGUGCAGCCCCAGUGACCUGUAGCCUAAGUCUGACUGCCAGCAUCCCUGCAGUGCAGGAUCCCAAGGUCCUCAGCUUGUCCCCAGCUCAGUGGUAACAAUUCCUGCCCAUGGUGGGGUGUGUAAGCUGGAGUUGCAGUUCUCCCCACGCAGUCGCAUUGCUCCAUUUGCAGAGGAGGUGGUAAUGGAGUGUGAUGGUGCAGUGCGUUCCCUCCUGGUGGUACGUGGCAGCAGCCAGGGCCUGGAGCUCAGCCUGGACCAGGAAUACAUCACAUUUGGAGCUGUGGUACUGAAGAGCCAAGCCACUCGCCGGAUCGUCCUAAGCAACAGUGGAGAGCUGGGAGCCAGGUUUCAGUGGGACAUUAAGAAGUUCCAGCCAGAGUUUUCAAUCUCUCCGGUAUCUGGGUACAUCACGGCAGGUAGUGAGGUCACCUUCGAUGUCACUUUUCACCCCCGAGAGACCCGCACGGAUAUUCACUAUGAGAACCUGCCCUGCCUCAUUGAAGGGAACAAGACACUAACUCUUACUCUGUUUGGAUCCUGUGUGGAGUUGCAAUCCACCAAGGAGGUAGUGAACUUUCAAUGCCAAGUACGAAGUACACAGACUCAAACCAUCCAUCUGUCCAACAAGACCAACGAGAUAUGGAACCUGCAUCCCAUCAUUGAUGGCGAACACUGGAGGGGUCCCGAGGUUAUUACAGUGGAGCCCACCAGCAGAGCAAACCCUAUGAGGUCACCUACCACCCACUGGUCAUGAGCCAUGAGGGGAAGAAGCACCAGGGCUCCAUCUUUUUCCCACUGUCUGAUGGAAGGGGGUUAAUGUAUGUUCUGCAUGGAAUAGCUGAUCCA